GGGUACAAGAUGUGCAAGGCUCUAGGAGAAGCACUCCAGAAGAGGAGCAAGGGUAUACAAUCUGCAUUGACUAGCUACAACACCCUCACUGCCAAGGUCAAUCACCCUCUCCUCACUUUCAAGGACAUGUUCACCUAUAUGUGGCUGUCUGACUUCUCCCUUCUAUGUUACUCUUGGACUGACAUUAGAGGGGCUAUGUGGGCUGAUCUGGAAGUGCAUCCAGUUGUUGUACAGUGGCUCCUCAUGCAGUGUGCAAAAGAAGAGAUCUGCCAUCUAGAUGUCAAG